AAAAAAUCUGGCUGUAUAAAGUGGUGCGUCCACUCGAUAUAAAUGCAUUGGUUGACACACAACAGUAGGGACCUUCAUACUUCUACUGCAUAUUGACAAAACAUUAACUGUUCGGCCAUGACGUCACUGUCCUUGGCAGUGUUUGUGCUCUGUGUGAGUGCUGUGUGUGCGGCUCCUAGGUUUGACUCUCAGUUGGAGGACCAUUGGCACCUGUGGAAAAACUGGCACAGCAAGAACUACCAUGAGAGAGAGGAGGGCUGGAGAAGGAUGGUUUGGGAGAAAAACCUAAAGAAGAUUGAGAUGCACAACCUGGAACACACCAUGGGAAAACACUCCUACCGUCUGGGCAUGAACCACUUCGGUGACAUGACCAAUGAAGAGUUCCGGCAGACGAUGAACGGCUACAAGCAGACGACUGAGAGGAAGUUCAAGGGCUCUCUGUUCAUGGAACCCAACUACCUGCAGGCACCUAAAGCUGUUGAUUGGAGGGAGAAGGGCUACGUCACUCCCGUCAAGGACCAGGGCUCAUGUGGGUCUUGCUGGGCGUUCAGCUGCACCGGGGCCAUGGAGGGCCAGCAGUUCAGGAAGACAGGGAAGCUGGUGUCUCUGAGUGAACAGAACCUGGUGGACUGCUCCAGACCGGAGGGCAAUGAGGGCUGUAACGGUGGCCUCAUGGACCAGGCCUUCCAGUACAUCCAGGACAAUGCCGGCCUGGACACAGAGGAGUCCUACCCCUACGUCGGCAAUGAUGAGGACCCUUGCCACUACAAGCCAGAGUUCAGUGCUGCCAACGACACUGGCUUCGUGGACAUCCCCAGUGGCAAGGAGCAUGCUAUGAUGAAAGCUGUGGCUGCAGUCGGUCCUGUCUCUGUUGCCAUCGAUGCCGGCCAUGAGUCCUUCCAGUUCUAUGAGUCUGGGAUCUACUAUGAGAAGGAGUGCAGCAGUGAGGAGUUGGACCAUGGCGUUCUAGUGGUGGGAUACGGUUUCGAAGGAGAGGAUGUGGAUGGCAAGAAAUACUGGAUCGUCAAGAACAGCUGGAGCGAGAAGUGGGGAGACAAAGGCUACAUCUACAUGGCCAAAGACAGGAAGAACCACUGUGGUAUCGCCACGGCAGCCAGCUACCCACUGGUGUAGUGUUUUUAGAACCAGGAGGUGUUCUAGAGUUUUAUAAAUGUUCAGAAAGGGCCAUGAUGACUACAGCGCUGCCUUAUUAAGUCUGUGAAAGGCACUAGUGAAACCUUCUGCAUGGGUUUUAAAGAAACACAGUUUUAGGGAAUCUAUGAAAUUCUACCCAUUUUUGUUUUAUACUUGAUUGUGUGUGUAAUACACAUAUAUAUAUAUAUAUAUAGUUAGUUAUAGUUGAGUCAAGUAAAUGUUACAGGUGUAACCUCUGUGUACAUUCCUAGUUUACUGCUUUUACACCUGUUCUGUAAAAAUGUUGUACAUACAUAUGAGCAAAAUAAACCUCUUUUUAAAAUGGA